AAGACCGCUGUGUAAUCCCUUUAUUUCAACAAAGUAACUGUAUUCUAAAUACCACCUUUUUAAACGGUAACUGUAACGGAAUACAGUUACUCAUAUUUUGUAUUUUAAAUACGUAACGGCGGUACAUGUAUUACGUUACUCCCCCAACACUACAGCCACAUACUAACACAUACACACACGUGCACUCACAUGCUCACACGUGCAUGCACACACACAGUGCCUCAGCUUUUACGACACAUCAUAUGGGUUUUACAAUGGGGGAUUGUGUAACUGUGUUCACUAAAUAAAAAGGCUGCAAGGGGAGGCUGGAAUUUGGAGUUGUCUGGGAUCAGGUGAGGAGCUUGAAGCUCUGGAUCCUGACCGGACCAGCUACCUUUGCGCAAGUGAAAGCUGAUUGAGCUCUGGUUGUCUUGCUUUGUUCAUUGAGAUAAGUCUCUGAGCCAGCGAGGCUUGCGAGUGCAGACCUAACACAUGUGUCCUCACAGAUGCUUUAAACACAUGGAUAAAAGUCUCUUGUGAAAAGAUGUUUCAAUCAGGGAAAAUACAUUAUGAAAAUGGCAAUUUGUUCUAUCAGCACUGGAGAUGAGCACAUUUCAGGGAACUUUGGAAUGCAGGACCAGGUUGAAGCUCUCAAGUGGAUCCAGCAGCACAUUCACAACUUUGGAGGAGACCCAGGAUUAGUUACUAUAUUUGGAGAGUCUGCUGGUGGAGUGAGCGUGUCUCUUCUGCUCCUGUCACCACUGUCUGAUGGGCUGUUUCACCGUGCUAUUGCUGAGAGUGGCACAGCUGCAAUGAAUGUAUUUGUGGCAAAUGAUCCUCUACCAAUGGCCAAGGCAGUUGCAAAUGCAUCUGGCUGCAGUCUUGAAAGCACAAAGAAGAUCAGUGACUGCAUGAGAAACCUUGAUAUUGAUACUAUAGUGGGUUUUACACAGGAUCCAACAUUAAGAUUUCAAGUAAAUGUUGAUGGACAUUUCCUGACUAAACCUGUGGAUGAGCUGUUUCGUAAACAUGAACUCCAUGCUGUUCCAUUCAUGACUGGUGUCAAUAAUGAUGAAGGUGGAUGGAUGCUUGCAUCAUUUUUUGCUCCCCAAAACUGGACAGAAGGACUAGAUCGGGAAUUUGUUUUGAACAUGGUUUCCUUCUUCUACCCCGACCCUAAAGCAGCAUUUAUCAGAGAUGUGAUAGCUGAUGAAUAUAUCGGAAAUGGUGACGACCGUGUGAAAAACAGAGAUGGGUACACUGAGAUGCUUGGAGAUUUGUUUUUCACCAUUCCAGCGAUCAAAGCUGCUAAUGCUCACAGAGAUGCAGGUGCUCCUGUAUACCUGUAUGAGUACCAACAUCCUCCCAAAUUCCUGCAGCAGAAAAGACUGAGCUUUGUUGGGAGUGACCACGGAGAUGAAAUUUUUAUAGUUUUGGGAUUUUGCUUCACAACUACCCAUAUUAGGUUACCCGAUCCGUGCCCUGAGGAUGAAGAACAGUUGAGCAAGAUCAUGAUGAGCUACUGGGGGAACUUUGCUCGCACAGGAUCUCCUCAUGGGCACAACCUUGUCCACUGGCCAAAGUAUGGAGCAGAAGAAAAGUACCUGGCGAUUGGUUUAAAAAAGCAGGUAACUGCUCAGCACCUGAAGAAGGAGCGCUUUGUCUUCCUGACUCAGACCGUCCCAGAGAAGAUCAAACAGCAUGAGGAAAAUGCAGAACGCAGCGAGCUGUAGAAAACUCACAUCUGGUCUCUGCUCCAUCAAUUUUAAAGUAAUUAGACUAAACCAUAAUUCCCUUAUCUAAAGGUCUUGUGAAGAUUAUCCAUAUUCUAAUAUACAAUGAAUAUUUUGGCAUUUUCUUUUAAUGGAAUCCCUGAUUUUGUUUUUCAAAGAAAAAAAUGUCAUUCUUACAUUUUCACAAAACUGUAAAUAGACUGUCCAGUAGGAUGAAAGUAUUAACAAUAACUGCCAAUCUCAAGUCACCUGCGUGUUACCAGGGUAUUUUAAAUCUGGCACUGUAAAAAUAGGUUUUGCAAAAUGAUAAAACAUUUAUAAAAUGAAAAGAUUUGACAAACCAAUAUUGCAGCACUUUGUUUGUCUGUGACCUUUGCUAGUAUUACCUGAAAACUUACCACUCCAUUCCCUCAAAUAUCCUUUGAGAUGCAACAUGCGUUUUUUCAUAUUUUUUUCUUACAUUUUCUCUUGUGUGCAUUCAACCUUCAGAAGUCCUCCCGAGCAACUGUGUCAACACCUCUGUGUCUGUGUGGGUCAUGAGAAAUGCAAUGCAAGCAAAAACAACUGCACUUGUAUUAAUUACUGUAUCAUAGCGUG